AAAGUGUCAACUGGGAUAUUUCCGGUAAAAGCGAAAGAAGGAAAGCAGGUGCCAGUCCCUGGAGGACUGUGGGUGGGGGACAAGGGGAGUCUGGGUGCCAGGCCCAACCAACAGAUGGAUGGACCUUGCAUCUGAAAGAAAGGAGGAGACACGUUGCAGAUCAACCUCAAACCUAACUCUGCCGGGGAAGCGAACAUCAAGGGAGGUCGCAAGGCAGAGGGAGAGAUCGAGAAGGCCAGAAGGACACCAACUGGGAUAGACUGGCCGCUUCACCAGCUCCUCACCCAAAUCGAAAGCAAAAUGUCCCUCAAGUUGCCAAGGAACUGGGAUUUCAACCUGAAAAUGGAGGCUGCAAAAAUAGCUCGGUCCAGGAGCGUGAUGACCGGCGAGCAGAUGGCGGCCUUCCACCCGUCAUCCACUCCCAACCCUCUGGAAAGGCCCAUCAAGAUGGGCUGGCUGAAGAAGCAGAGGUCCAUCGUGAAAAACUGGCAGCAGAGGUACUUCGUGCUGAGGGCGCAGCAACUCUACUACUAUAAGGACGAAGAGGACAUGAAGCCGCAGGGCUGCAUGUAUCUACCAGGAAGUACGAUCAAAGAGAUUGCCACAAAUCCAGAAGAAGCCGGGAAGUUUGUCUUUGAAGUCAUUCCAGCCUCAUGGGACCAGAAUCGCAUGGGACAGGACUCCUAUGUCCUCAUGGCCAGCUCCCAGGCAGAGAUGGAGGAGUGGGUUAAAUUCCUCAGGAGAGUUGCUGGCACACCUUCUGGAGCGGUGUUCGGCCAGCGCUUGGAUGAGACCGUGGCCUAUGAACAGAAGUUCGGCCCCCACCUGGUGCCCAUCCUGGUGGAGAAGUGUGCAGAGUUCAUCCUCGAGCACGGCGUGAAUGAGGAGGGCAUCUUCCGCCUGCCUGGCCAGGACAACCUGGUGAAGCAGCUGAGAGAUGCUUUUGAUGCUGGGGAGCGGCCUUCCUUUGACAGAGACACAGAUGUACACACUGUAGCCUCGCUGUUAAAGCUCUAUCUCCGAGACCUCCCAGAGCCUGUGGUUCCCUGGAGUCAGUAUGAGGGCUUCCUGCUCUGCGGGCAGCUUAUGAAUGCAGAUGAAGCAAAGGCUCAGCAGGAAUUGAUGAAGCAGCUUUCCAGUCUUCCCCGGGACAACUAUAGUCUUCUGAGCUACAUCUGCAGGUUUCUACAUGAAAUCCAGCUGAACUGUGCUGUCAACAAGAUGAGCGUGGACAAUCUGGCCACUGUGAUUGGUGUGAAUCUUAUCCGGUCGAAGGUCGAAGACCCUGCCGUGAUCAUGAGAGGGACUCCGCAGAUCCAAAGAGUGAUGACCAUGAUGAUUAGAGACCAUGAAGUCCUCUUCCCGAAGUCCAAGGAUGCACCCCUGUCACCCCCUGCCCAGAAAAAUGAUCCCAAGAAACCUCCAGUGCCCCGAAGCUCUGUGGGCUGGGACGCCACUGAAGACCCUCCGAUUUCUAGGACAGACAGCUUUAGUAACACGGCAAGUGACUCUGAUGCCACAAGCCCUACUGGACUACAACCAAGUGACCAGCUUCAGGACAGCAGCAAAGCCCCCAGGGAAAAGCCAGGAGAUUGGAAGCUACAAUCCCGAAAAAGGACUCAAACACUCCCUAACCGGAAAUGUUUCUUGACAUCAGCUUUUCAAGGUGCCAACAGUAGCAAAGUGGAGAUCUUUAAAAAUGAGUUCUGGUCACCUUCAUCAGACACUAAGGCAGGGGAAGGACAUCGGAGAGCCUUGUCUCAAGACUGGCGCCCCCUCUCAGACUCCCAGAGGACUUCCACCUACGAUAAUGUCCCUGCUCAGCCGGCGUCCCCUGGGGAUAGAGCCAGUGCACUCUCUUCCCCUGCCUGUGACUCCAGGAGAGAUCCUCUUGGCAGCACAAACUCUGAAACUGGGCUUGCAAGAAAGAACUCUGGAGAAGAGGAAAUUGACUCUUUGCAGAGGGAGGUCCAGGAACUCCGAAAGGAAAUAGAAACACAGAAGCAAACGUAUGAGGAACAGAUUAAAAGCCUGGAGAAGGAAAAUUAUGACGUCUGGGCUAAGGUGGUGAGGCUCAAUGAAGAACUGGAGAAGGAGAAGAAGAAGUUUGCGGCUCUGGAAAUCAGUCUCCGCAACGUGGAGCGCUCCCGGGAGGACGUUGAGCGGAGGAACAAGGUCUUGGAAGAAGAAGUCAAGGAAUUUGUUAAAUCGAUGAAGGAGCCCAAGGCUGAUGCUUGAGGGCCCCAGGCGCAUCAGGAAUGCCCCGGAGGGGAUCAACUCUGCUCCUUUUCUUGGUGCUACCUGGUGAUGGGGAAGCAGAAUUGCUCCCUAAGAAGGAAAGGACACUUUGCAGGGAACCAUCAGUAAAUCAGGGGGGUUUGAAGGAAGAUGAGGGUGAGCGGGGACACCCGUGAUCACUUUUUGUUGCUGUACUCACCUGUAUUCCACUGUGGUCUCAGGCAGAGUGAAGUGGAACCUUCUACGGUGGAUGGUGAGAUCCAAUGAAGAAGCUUGAGGCAGACAUCGCAGGACACAGGCAGAAGUCUGGCCCCAACCGGAAGCUGGGCUCAGGCAUGAGUUCUUCGUUUCCUGUAAGGAAUGAUUCACUGAGUCAGAUGGCCCCAGGGCAUCUCUGAGACUCAGGCAGACAAUGAUAUUCAGUGCUCAAGACCUCACCCCAACUGUGUGUUGGGGAGCCGCACCUGCUGAGGUCACAACUCCAUUCUGCCCUUCUUCCCAGAUGAAAUUCUCUAGGGAUUCUCAAACUUCACAUUAGACAAAGACAAAAUAGGCAACUGUAUUUAUAAGUGCAAAAUUAUGAAAAAAUUAUAUUCAAAUAAAGAAAAAGGAGAGAGCAAGCCUGUUGCGAAUCCAUAUAAUGCCUUUAUGAGAACUAGUGAAAGACACCUGUUCCUUGAAGCAGACACCCUUCUGCAGGGACAUAGAUUGGUGAACACGCUAUGGGCUGUUUUACAGCCUCUUCUUGCCUUUCAGUGGCCUGAAUUGUGCAUAUUGUGGGUUAACACAGUAAUAGUCAUGAUCAUUCAUAUAUAUAUAUAUAUUUAUUUAUAUUUUGCCCAAAUGCAAGAGAGUUUUCUGAGAGGGCUUUCCCAGCAGACAGCUGACUAUUCCUCAUCUACAUCAGGACACAGGUAGUCUGGUUGAGCCUUUUAAGGUUUUUGACAGCAUUUGAGUUAGGUGGCCUCCAAUUAUUUUUGAUUGUAUACCACAUCCAUAGAAAAUGUUCAAGCACACAUCCCUCAAAACAGGUAUAUUUAUUUUAUUUAUAAAUUAGAGUCAACCCUCUGUGUCU